AUGUUAAGAAUGCUUAAAGAAAAUUUUAGAGGACGGAUUAUUAAUUAUAUUUUUAAAGUUAUAUGUAUAUAUUUUUUUAUUUAUCCUUAUAUUAUUCCUACAUAUCCAUCACGAUCAUGUACAAAAAGUGAAUUUAAAUGUAAAUUAGAUAAUAAUUGUAUUCCUCUUAUUAAAUGGCAAGAUGGAUAUGAAGAUUGUCUUGAUGGUUCAGAUGAAGUAUGCCUUCCCUGGCAAUUUGAUUGUAAAUUUGGAUAUCCAAAAUGUAUCUCUUCAACCAAGUUAAAUGAUGGUACUAUUGAUUGUAUGUCUGGAUUUGAUGAAUCCUGUCCAUCACAUUAUUUUGUCUGUAAAGAUAAGUCAAAAUGUCUUGAUCCACAAAAAUAUAUGGAUGGAAAUGUGGAUUGUAAUGAUGGGUCAGAUGAACCUUGUCCCGAAGGAAAGUUUCUUUGUCAUGAUUCAUCUAAAUGUAUAAGUAUAUCACAAUUUCAAAAUGGUAUACCAGAUUGUAAUGAUGGAAGUGAUGAAGAAUGUACUGUUACACAAUUUCAAUGUGCUUGUAAAGGAAAAGUUAAAUGUAUUGGAAUAGAAAAAGUUUUUAAUGGUAUUAAAGAUUGUGAUGAUGGUAGUGAUGAAGGUUUUAUUCCUCAAAAUGGUUUAUGUUUAGAUGGAUCAAAAGCUGUAAUUCAUAAUGAAAAAAUUAAUAUUGAUAAAAAAGUUGCUUCUAUAAGUACAUGUCCAUUAAAUAAUCCAUGUCCUGAGAGACUUGGACUUGUCUGUUUAACUGUUGGUGGUACAUGGAGAUGUGUCUGUAAAAUAGGAACAGUUAAACCUCCAGGAAGUUCAAGAUGUGUACCAAUAGAAAUGUUACCACAAUUUUUUUCUAAACCUGAUGUCAAUUGUACAACUGUCUAUAAUGAUAUGUUAAUUCAGUAUCGUCAAUUUUAUUCAAAUGUUCCUAGAAUUCAAUUUAAAGAUGACCAAUCAACUGAAAUAUAUAAGACACCAAAAACAACUUCUAAUACUUUUAAUACAACUGACAUACAAAAUGAAAUAUUUAGUUUAGAUAUUAAUAAACAAGAUAAUAAUCCAACUAUUAUUCAUACAACAUCAAUAAACAUAAAGACAACUCCAAAACCUGAAUCAACAACAUUAAAUUUAAUACAAAUAAAAAUUAAAAAACCUACUAAUGAUGGUACAGUACAAAGAGCUCCAAUUAAAAGAAUACAAACAACUGAUAAUAUUCUUGAAAUUACAUCAUCAAACUCAAAGAAAAUAUUAUUAGAGGAAAUUACUGAUUUUGAUUUAGAUAUGUUAACAUAUACUUAUGGUUCUGAAUGUGAUCCAUAUAUAAAAAAUUCAUGCUCUAAUAUUAAUGGUACAUGUAUAAAAAAUAAUAAUCAAACAUAUACAUGCCAAUGUAAAAAUAAUGAAGUUAUGAAUACUAUUACAAAUAAAUGCACUGUUUUAAUUGAUGAAUGUAGUGAUCCAGAAUUAAAUGACUGUGAUAAAAAUGCCAUUUGUAUGGAUAAUGAUUUUUCAUAUGAAUGCUUAUGCCGUGAAGGAUAUAUUGAUGUUUCUUUAUCACCAAUAUCAAAACCAGGAAUAAAAUGUAAAAAACUUGUUAAUGAGUGUAAAAAUAGCAUGUUAAAUGAUUGUGAUAAAAAUUCUUUAUGUAUUGAUAAACCAAAUGGAUAUACAUGUCGUUGUCAUUCUGACUAUACAGAUAUAUCAUCUGAUAGAAUUAAAAAACCUGGUAGAAAGUGUCAAAAAUUAAUUAAUGAAUGUCAAAUAAAUAAUGGUACAAUAUGUGAUCCAAUUGCAUAUUGUACUGAUCUUCCUAUUGGAUAUAAAUGUUCCUGUCCAAAAGGUACUCUUGAUAUAUCUUCUGAUUAUCUUAAUAAUCCUGGUACAAAAUGUUUAUCGGUACCAAAUGAAUGUAAGGAACAUCUUUGUAAUCCAAAAACAUCUGUUUGCCUUAAAAUAUCUAAAAAAAUAAAUAAUAAUGGUAAUGAAGAAAAUAUUUAUGGAUGCCAAUGUAAACCUGGAUAUCAAGAUAAUGAUAUAAAUCGACCUGGCUUUAAUUGCACUCAAAAAGGACCUGAUCCAUGUUUAGAUUUUUCUUUACAUGAUUGUGAUCCAGUAGCAGCCUGUUACAGUGAACCUAAUGGAUUUUUUAAUUGUCGUUGCCCAAAAGGUUUUGUUGAUAUUUCUCCUGAUUCACGUUUUCCUGGAAGAAAAUGUAAAAAAGCUGUUGAUGAAUGUAGUCUUGGGAUUCAUGAAUGUGAUUCUAAUGCAGAUUGCCUUGACACUGCCACAUCUUAUAAUUGUAGAUGUAGAACCGGAUUUGCAGAUGUAUCUCCAGAUCCCCUCAAUAAACCAGGAAGACAUUGUAAAAAAGCAAAUCAAUGUUCAACAUCUGAUUGUCAUGCUGCUGCAGAGUGCCGGGAAUCACCAUCAGGUCCAAUAUGUCAAUGUACUUCAGGAUUUGUUGAUAUAUCAAGACAACAUGGACGUCCACCAGGUAGAAUAUGCCGUGAAAUUAUUAAUGAAUGUACAACGAAUGCUCAUGACUGUUCACCUUCAGCACAUUGUAUAGAUACAUCUGAAAGUUAUACAUGUCGAUGUAAGGAUGGUUAUAGAGAUGAAUCAACAAACUCCAUUGAAAGACCAGGAAGGGUAUGUGUUAAGUCAUCUAUUCCAGAUGCCCCUGAAUGUAAUGUUAAUGAUCCAUUAUCAUGUGAUAAAACAAAACAUGAAGUUUGCCUUUUUAUUAAUUCAAAUUAUAAAUGUGUAUGCCCACAAGGUUAUGAAAGAUUACCUGAUGGUAGGUGUUUAGUUAUUAAUGAAUGUAGAGAUAGAAAAUUAAAUAAUUGCCAUGAUAAUGCUGAAUGUAUAGAUUUGGCUGAUGGUUUUACAUGCCGUUGUAAAAGUGGUUUUAUUGAUAUUUCUCCAAAAGGACAAAUUGGUAGAAUAUGUAAAGAAAGAAUUAAUGAAUGUUUAUCACCAGAGAAGUAUGGUGUGGAUUGUAAUAAUAAUGCUAUAUGUAUAGAUACAGAUUCAUCUUAUGAAUGUAAAUGUAAACCUGGUUUUGUUGAUAUUUCUGAAAGAUAUAGAAAAUUACCAGGAAGAAGAUGUAUUGAAGCAAUUAAUGAAUGUUCAAAUAGUUUAUUGAAUGACUGUUCUGAAAAUGCCAUUUGUGAAGAUACUAAAGAAUCAUACAUUUGUACAUGUAAAUCUGGUUUUAUAGAUGCUUCUUCUAAUAUUACUCAUUAUUCUGGUAGAGUAUGUAUUAAACCAACUAAUAAUUAUAUUCAAAUUGAUGAAGGAAGAUAUAUAAGUAAUCAAGAAACACAUAAAUUUGUAGAAAAAUCAUGUUCAUCAACAUCAAAUUGUGGUGAUAAUGAAACAUGUAAAUUAUCAUCUGAAAAAAAGAAGACUUGCCAAUGUAAUGAAAAUUGUAUGCGUGAUAUUGAUGGAAAAUGUAAAAAAAUACAAUCAUGUGAGGGAAAUAAUGAAUGUGAUACAAAUGCCAUAUGUUCAAAUGUUUUUGGAGGAUAUAAAUGUCAAUGUAGACCUGGAUUUUAUGAUAUCUCAACUGAUCCUUUAAGGAAACCUGGUCGUAUGUGUAAAGAAUUAAUUAAUGAAUGUGGAACACAAGCUAAUACCUGUUCACCAUUUGCUGUAUGUAUUGAUUCUGCUGAAAGUUAUUCUUGUUCUUGUUUACAAAAUUUUGUUGAUAUUUCUAGUAUUUAUGGUCUUGAACCUGGUAGAAAAUGUGUCAAAACUAUUAAUGAAUGUAGUAGUUCAUCAUUAAAUACAUGUGAUGAAAAUGCUGAUUGUAUUGAUACUCAAGAUUCAUAUACAUGUCAAUGUUAUUCAGGUUUUAUUGAUGUAUCUUCAUCAGCAAAUUUACCACCAGGUCGUGUUUGUACUGUUGAAACAUCAUGUUCUAAACAAAAAACUGAUCUUAUCUUUCUUAUUGAUGGUUCAGGAUCUAUUGGAUCAAGAGUUUUUAAAUCUGAAGUUCUCCGUUUUAUUGCAGAAUUUGUUGAAUUAUUUGAUAUUAGUCCAACAAAAACAAGAGUUGGACUUAUUCAAUAUUCUGAUCAAAUUCGUCAUGAAUUUGAUCUUAAUCAAUAUAAAGAUAAGACUUCUCUUCUUAAUGCUAUUUCAAAUACACAAUAUUUAACUGGAUUAACACGUACUGGUGCUGCUAUUCAACAUAUGGUUAAUGAAGGUUUUUCUACAACUAAAGGAGCAAGACAAUUAUCACCAGAUAUUUCAAGAGUAGCAAUUAUUAUGACUGAUGGUCGUAGUCAAGAUAAUGUUACAGGUCCUUCAAUAACAGCACGUUCAAAAAGUAUUAAAACAUUUUCUAUUGGUGUAACAGAUCAUGUUUUGGCAUCAGAACUUGAAUCAAUUGCUGGAUCAUCAAAAAAUUGGUUUUAUGUAUCAAAAUUUAAAGAUUUAGAUACAAGAUUACGUAGUCUUAUACAAAAAGCAGCAUGUCCAGGAGUACAAAAACAACCAAAUCUUCAUGGUAAAUGUAAUGUUGAAACACAAACAGGUUGUAAUCGGGAGUUAAAUGAGAUAUGUAUAAUGGUAAAUGGAAAGGCAUCAUGUGAAUGUACAAAACCAUUUGUUAGAAAUCCAGUUACUAAGAUUUGUGGUGGUGAUUUGUGUAAUCCACAAUUAUCUACUUCUUGUAUUUAUCCAGAACUUUGUCAAAAGACUCCUUUAAAUAAUUAUAGGUGUAUUUGUCCUGAUGGUUAUGAUAGAGAAUCUGUCACUGGAAAAUGUUUAAAAAUUGAAAGUAUUAAAGAUGUAAAACAAAUUGAACCACCAUUAAGAGAGAAAACAUGCAAUGACAUUGAUGGUAUAAGAUGCUCUGACUCAGAAAUUUGUGUAUCAUCUGGUGAUACAUAUAUUUGUGAAUGUGAUAGAGGAUAUGAAAGAAAUCCUUUUACUGGUAAAUGUCAAAUUAUUGGUUCAUGUAAUCCAAGUUAUCCUUAUAACUGUGAUCUUAGAAAACAUGAACAUUGUUUAUUACAUCCAUCUGGAAAAUAUCAUUCCUGUCAAUGUAAUAAAGGAGAAAGAAGACAUCCUAUUACUGGUGUUUGUCUUCGUAAUGAAUGCCAAACUGGUGAACAUGAUUGUGAUAGAAAUGCUAGAUGUAUUGAUACAGAUGAUGGAUUUAUUUGUUCAUGUCCAUAUGGUUUUAUUGAUCAUUCUCCGGAACCAACAAAAAGACCAGGAAGAUUAUGUAUUGCUGAACUAGAUGAAUGUUCCACCGGAAAACACAAUUGUUCACCUGAUGCUUUAUGUAUUGAUACAACUGAUGGUUUUGUAUGUCGUUGUAAACCUGGUUUUAUAGAUUUUUCACCUAAUCCUUUAAUUGAAAGUGGUAUAUUAUGUAAACCAUUAAUCAAUGAAUGUGAUAAACCUCAUCUUAAUACAUGUCACCAAGAUGCAUUUUGUAUUGAUACUUCAGAUUCAUAUAAAUGUAUAUGUAAACCAGGUUAUGAAGAUAUGGAUCCAUAUAGAAAUCCUGGUAGAAGAUGUUAUAAACCACAAAUGGAAGAUAUUUGUGCAGUUGGUUCACAUUCUUGUGAUAAAAAUGCAAGAUGUAUUAACAAAGCUAAUGGUGGAUAUACAUGUAUUUGUAAUCCAGGUUUUAUUGAUAAAAGUCCUAAUCCAAAUGAUCCUGGUAAAGUUUGUAUACCUUUAAUUCAUGAAUGUGAUAAUCCAUCACUUAAUGAUUGUGAUUCUCCUGAUCGUGCUAUAUGUAUAGAUAAUGAUGAAGGAUAUAAUUGUCAAUGUAGACAAGGAUUUUUAGAUAUUUCACCAAAUUUACCAUCAAAACCUGGUAGAUUAUGUAAAACUCUUGAAAAUGAAUGUUUUACUGGUAAUAAUGAUUGUGCAAGAGAUGGUGGUAUUUGUGAAGAUACACCUGAUUCAUAUUCAUGUAGAUGUGCUCAUGGAUAUCUUGAUGUUUCAUAUGAUAUUAAACAUCGUCCUGGAAGAAAAUGUAAACGAUUAAUUGAUGAAUGUGCAACUAGACAAAAUGACUGUUCACCAGAUGCUAUAUGUACAGAUACAGAAGAUUCUUAUAUAUGUGCCUGUCCACCACAAUAUAUUGAUGUUUCAAGUGAUGUUAUUCAUAAACCUGGUAGAAGAUGUUUAUUAAGAGUUAAUGAAUGUCUUACAAAUCAAAAUGAUUGUUCAACUAAUGCUGAUUGUCUUGAUACUCCUGAAUCUUAUAAAUGUAAAUGUAGGGAUAAUUUUGUUGAUGAAUCUCCAGAUAAAAUAAAUAAACCUGGUAGAAUUUGCCGUCCAGCUUAUAUUGAUGAAUGUAGAAGUGGUAAGAAUGAUUGUCAUAAGGAUGCUAUAUGUCAUGAUUUACCACAAGGUUAUUCAUGUCAAUGUAAACCAGAAUUUAUUGAUGAUUCUCCAAACAGAAUAACAGAACCAGGAAGAAAAUGUAUUCCUAGAAUUACAAUUGUCCCAGAUGAAUGCAAAGUUGAUAAUAUUAAUUCAUGUAAAAGACAUCUUAAUGAAGUUUGUCGUUUAAUUAAUGGUAAACCUAAAUGUACAUGUCCUAUUAAUUAUGAACGUAAUCAAAGAACUCAAGUUUGUAAUGUUAUUAAUGAAUGCUUAUAUCCACAAUUAAAUGAUUGUCAUCCAUCUGCUGAAUGUAUUGAUACUGAAGAAUCAUAUGAUUGUAGAUGUAGAAAUGGUUUUAAAGAUGUUUCUCCAUCAGGAAAAAGUGGAAGAUUAUGCCAACCAAUAAUUAAUGAAUGUCAAUUUCCACAUCUUAAUGAUUGUCAUAUGAAUGCUGUAUGUAUUGAUAAAGAUGAAGGUUUCGACUGUAGAUGUAAACCUGUUUAUAAAGAUAUGAAUCCAAGAAAUCCAGGUAGAAUGUGUAAAGAACUUGUUAAUGAAUGUACUAAUCCAAAUCUUAAUUCAUGUGACAGAAAUGCAUAUUGUACAGAUAAAGAAGAUGGAUAUGAUUGUCGUUGUAAGGAUGGAUAUUUAGAUAUUUCUCCAUCACCAUCACUUCUUGGACGUGCAUGUAGAGAAUUGGUAGAUGAAUGUAGAGAUAGAAAUAAAAAUGAUUGUGAUAAAAUUGCUAGAUGUAUUGAUACACAAGAUUCAUAUAAAUGUAUUUGUCCACCAAAUUCUAAAGAUAUAUCACCAAAUCCAGCUUUUCCAGGAAGAGUAUGUUUACAAUUUGAAAAUGAAUGUCUUACUGGUAAACAUGAUUGUGAUGCUAAUGCUAUUUGCCAUGAUAAUGAACAAGGUUUUACUUGUGAAUGCCCAUCUGGCUUUAUUGAUAGAUCACCAAAUAAAAUGUCAAGAUCUGGUAGAGUAUGUGUUAAAUUAAUUGAUGAAUGUGCUACUGGUAGACAUACAUGUUCUCCAAAAGCAGAAUGUAGAGAUUUAGAGGAAGGAUAUACCUGUGAAUGUAAAAAUGGUUAUGUUGAUAGAUCACCAAAUAUGGCAUCACAACCAGGAAGAGUCUGUUCACCACCUGAUAUAUGCCCACAAACAAAUGAAUGUUCAAGUGCUGCUAUAUGUGAACCAUUAGGAGCUAAUGAUUACAAAUGUACCUGUAUUCAAGGAUACAAUGAUCAAUCACCUAGUGGUUUAACAGGAAGAAUUUGUGUUCGAAACAAUGCUUGUCGUAAUCCAACUUUAAAUACUUGUUCUAGAAAUGCUAUUUGUUACGAUGAAACUAAUGGUUAUCGAUGUGAAUGUAUAAAAGGUUAUGAAGAUAAAUCUCCAUUAGGUUCUCCUAGAGGUCGAGUUUGUGAAGAAAGACAAGUACAAAGAGAACCAGUAUAUAAACAUCCAUGCCAAGAUCCUCAACUUCAUGAUUGUCAUGUUAAUGCAAAUUGUCGUAGUACUGGAAGAGAUACUUAUACCUGUGAAUGUGCUCAUGGAUUUGUUGAUCAUUCACCAGAUGUAAUAAAUAGUCCUGGUAGAGUAUGUAAUAUAGCUAAUUCUAUUUGUCUUGAUUCAACAAAGAAUGACUGUGAUCAAUUUGGAAUUUGUAUUGAAAAUGAUUCUAAAGAUGGUUAUACAUGUAAAUGCCGUGAUGGUUAUAUUGAUCAAUCACCUAAUAAAUUAUAUAAACCUGGUAGAGUAUGCACAGAACUUGUUAAUGAAUGUCUUGAUAGAUCAUUAAAUGAUUGUCAUUUAACUGCUGUUUGUGAAGAUCUUCCAGAAGGAUAUACUUGUAGAUGUGCUGUUAAUGCAAUUGAUCAAUCUCCUGAUAAAAUAAAUAGACCUGGAAGAAUUUGUCUUAAUCCUGUAAAUGAAUGUGCCAAUCCAACAUUAAAUGAUUGUUCCAAAUUUAGUGAUUGUAUUGAUAAAGUUGAAGGAUAUUCUUGUAGAUGUAAAUCAGGUUAUUAUGAUUUAAAUCCAUCUAAACCUGGUACACAAUGUAAAUUUAUAAUAAAUGAAUGUGAAAGUAGAACAUUAAAUGAUUGUGAUACAAAUGCUUUAUGUAUUGAUACUCCUGGAGGUUAUGAAUGUAAAUGUAAAGCUCCAUAUAAAGAUCAUUCUCCUCCAUCACUUCCUGGUAGAAUGUGCCGUUUUAAUGAAUGUCUUUCAUCAAGUACUAAUAAUUGUGAUAGAAAUGCUGAUUGUAUUGAUACAGAUGAUAAUUAUCUUUGUAGAUGUAGAACUGGAUUUUAUGAUUCUUCACCUAAUCCAAUGGAACCUGGUAGAUUAUGUCUUGAAUUUCAAAAUGAACCAUCAACACCACCAACUCAAGUUAUUAGAGAUCAUACAAUUCCUGAUGAAAUGAUUAUUAAAACAAAAAUACCACAUUUUGAAAUGACAAGAGGUACUGCUAGGCCUACAGUAUAUACAGUACCAGUUGUUACUGAAAAAAUUGUAACUAGAAGACCCUUACAAGAACCACCAAAAGGAAUGUUAUGUGGUAAAACAUAUUGUAAUACUGAUCUUAAUGAAGUUUGUAUUAGUGGAUGGUAUUGUGGUUGUAAACCAGAUGAAGGUCGUGGUUCAGAUUCUGAAGUUUGUAGAGUAAUUCAAAAAACACAUAUACCAUUAAGAGUUAUUGCUAAAGAUGGUGAACCAAUAUAUUAUUCAAGUGCUUAUGGAAACCCAACAAAUCCUGUAUAUAUACAAUUUGCAGAAGAAUUUAAUAAAGAUAUUGGUAGAAGUUUUGCUGGUACUACAUAUGCUACAAGAUAUGUUAAUUCUAAAAUAUCUUAUAUUACACAUCCAAAAAUGGUAAAUAGUAGUUGGCCAGAUGGUAUACUUGUUAAUUUUACAGUUGGAACAACAAUGACAGAAAAGAAAGUUGAUCAAUGUGAUGUAUGGGAUCAAUUAAUACAAUCAUUACAAAGAUCAAAUGGACAUAUUGGUGGUGGUAAAUUAACUGUACCAUCUGAUGUUGAUUCAUUAAAUCCUUGUGCUGAACCACCAAAUAAUGGUAAUAAAUGUGGAAAUAAAUGGUGUGAUAAAGAAUUAGGAGAAGUUUGUAUUGCUAAUAGUAUAUGUGGAUGUCCUGAUGGACAAAAAAGAAAAGAUGAUAAAAGUAAAUGUUAUGCUGUUGAAAACUUCCAAAUACCUAUGUGGAUUAUUAGAGAUGGUAAUAAAAAUCUUGUAUAUAAUGAUUCAUAUGGAAAUCCACAAGAUAUUGUUCAUAAAAGUACUGCCACAAGAUAUGAAGAUGGUAUUGGAAGUUGUUAUUCACAUACAAAUUUAAAAGAUUUCUUUGUAACAGCUGAAGUAAAUGAUAUUACAAAUCCUAAAAUUAUUAAUGGAACAUGGGAUACUGGUUUACUAUAUAAUUCAACAGUUUAUUUUAAAAAAGGUGCCAUUAAAAUACCACAAGAUGUUUAUACUAAUGUUAUUGAUUAUAUAGUAAAACAAAAUAAUUAUGAAGUUGGUGAUAGUGAUUUAUUUAUUAAUCCAACACAACCAAAUCCUUAUGAUAAUUGUUAUAAAAAUCAUUGUCAUGAAAGAGGAAUUUGUAUACCAGAUGAACCUCAUGGACAUCAUUGUGAAUGUGCUCCUGGUUUUCGUGAUUUAGAUCCUUUACUUCCAGGAAGAAAAUGUUUACCAAUAACAAAUUAUAAUGAAUGUCUUAAAAAGGAAGAUAAUGAAUGUUCUGAAAAUGCUCGAUGCAUUGAUCAAGAAUAUCUUUAUAAAUGUGAAUGUUUGAAAGGAUAUACUGAUGCAGCUCCAAAAGAUGCUGUACCAGGAUCUGUUUGUGUAAUGGAUUAUUGUGCAGAUGUCAAUUUCUGUCCAAAAAAUACAACAUGUGUAAAUAUGGAACAACAAGCUGAAUGUAGAUGUGAUCAUGGUUUUAUGGAUAUUAGAAAAUCUGAACUUCGAGAUUCUACUGGUCUUCCUGUAGACACAUUUUGUAUGAAUAUUAGAGAUGUCAAUGAAUGUGCUCUUGGUUUAACUAAUUGUUCAGGAAUUGCUGAAUGUACUGAUAAAAUUAUAGGAUAUGAAUGUAAAUGUCCAGAUACAUAUGUUGAUGGUAAUCCAAGUGAACCUGGUCGUAUGUGUGCAUCAAUUUCAUGUGGUUAUUGUAAUUAUCACGGAGAUUGUGUACAUAAUGAAUUUACUAGAAAUAUAACUUGUGCAUGUACUGAUGGUUGGAGUGGUGAAUUAUGUGAUGUUGAACCAUCAAAAGCAUCAAUGAUUCUUCUUAUUUUACUUGCACUUUUAUUCCUUUUACUUACACUUUGUUGUUUAUUAUAUCUUUGUACAAAAUGUCAUUGUUUCAAGAAAGGACCUCUUGGUGGAGUAUAUCGUCGUAGUGGUGGUGGUAUAUUCCCUUGGAAUACAUUAGAUGCCUCAUCAUCAUCUGAAUCUGGUGGUGAUUUUUCACAAAUGUCUACAGCUGGUGAUAUUUAUGGUCAUGAAAUUGGUAUACCUAGACCAAAAAUAAAAAUGUCUGGUAGUGAUAAUACAGAAAUCAUUUCAUCAAGACACAUGGCUAAUGAACAAGCUGCUGAGAAAUUUACAAAUUAUUUACAAGGAGCUCUCCAAAUCCCAAGACCAUUAAUUAGUGGUGCUGGAGAAGGAAGAAAUAAAAGAAUGGUUGAUAAUGAAAGUAUUUUAUCAGAAUCUUCUUCUGAUUAUACUAUUAGAGAAGAAAUUGAAAAAAGAAUUACUACUGAUGUAACAACAAAAGAAAUAAGAACAAUUAUAACAGAAGAUGGUCAAGAGGUUGAACAUGUAACAGAAAGUAGUAGAAGAUUUUAUAAUAAUGGAAAUAAUGAUGUAUCAAGUAGUAAUAAUAUUCAUGAAGAAAGUAAUAAAGGAUUUAGUGAUUAUACAACAUACAACAAAAAUCAUCAAAUAAAUAGAAAUGCUAUGGAACAAGGAAUGACGUCAUUAGAAAGUGCAGAGGAUAAUAUUUAUACAAAAAGAAAUAUUGAAGAAUCUAAGACAUUCCAAGAGACUCGUAUAACUGAUGAACAGGAGAAAGAUGAAAAUGAGGAAGAAUUUUCAAUUGAACAAACACGUCGAUGGGGAAAUAGAAGUAGUUCACAUAAUGCUGCUGGUUACCUAUCUGAUGAAGAUUCAGUUUCUGUAGUUUCUACAGAUGAAAAAUUAGUAGUUGAUAAAGUAACAAAACAUAAUAAUUCACGUUUUAUUGAUAAUAAUGGAGGAGAAAGAUAUCUUAAUGAAGUUAUAACGACAAAAACUUCUACAGAAACUAGAAUUCAUUAG